AUGAGUACCGGUUUCGCUGCGUCUUUCUGGUCCAGCGACUAUGCGGGAGGCCUGGGCGUUCUCUUUGGAAAGCUCCAACAGGGAGUGCAGGAGAAUCAGCAGAUCCUUACCGUAGCCCGCAUGCGAGCCGAUGCCGAAGAGGCAUAUGGAAACAGUCUGUCCGCCAUUCCGCCAGCUACGGAUCGCAUAGGCGGCGGCUUCAGCAGAGAUGAGGGCGCAAGUGUGCGCAAGGCCUACGAGGGCGUCCGCACAGAGAUGGAGGCAGCCGCCUCGAAUCACAAGAAGAUCGCAUCCAACAUCCGGGAGCUCGUCGUGAACCCCUUUGGCCGCUGGUGUGAGGCGCAUGCUGCCCGUGUCCAGAACUCGCAAGACGACCUGCAAUCGCGCAUCAAGAUCCACGACCGUCAAGCAGAUGCCGUGCGCAAGUUCCGCUCACAGUACUACAACAAAUGCCGCCUGGUCGAGGACUUGGAGGAGGAGGACAAGCUCGCUUUCCAGGACCCCCAGAGUGAAGUCACCCAAAGCCCGAAACUGAAGGUCCCCACCAUAAAGAUGUCGGAGCCCGACCAGGACGAGGAGGAGCCCAUUGAUCUGGGCGACGAGACAUAUCAGCCCGACCAGGUCAAGAAGAUCUUAACCCACAUGCUGGACAAUAUCAAGAUGGGGGAAGUCAAGGUCCCCAUUCUCGGCACUUACCAAAAUUGCUCGACCGGUGCCGACAUCACUGAAUACAUCCAGCAACACAUGGGAGCUACCACUGUCAGUUACGCAGAGCGCAUUGGACAGGACAUGGUAUCGCACGGCUUCCUACGCCUUGUCGGCAACGUAGGCAACACUUUUGCGAACAGCUCCAGGAUGAGCUACCAGUGGAAACCCAAGACUUUCCAGGUCACUGGACUACCUGAGAAGAAGCAGCCCCUGGCUCGCUCGUCUACCGCCAUGUCCAAUUCAUCAACCGAAUUCACCGUUGACUCACCCGUUGGAACUGUGCAGGAGUAUCUACAGGGCUGGAACCCACUCAACAAUCAGUUCCCCAACGAGACCCCGGCCGAAAGGCUGAGGCGAGAGGCUCGAGAGUCUGACGAGCGGUACAAGGCCGCGGUGAAGAAGCUUGACUCCCUGCGCUGCAACCUGGAAGAGGCCAUGAUUGACCAUCUCAAGUUUAUGGAGCGUUGUGAGCUGGACAGGCUAAAGGCCAUCAAAGCCGUCAUCUUGGACUUCUCUGGUGCCGUCAGCAACGUCAUCCCAAGUCUGCAGAGCACAGUAGACAAGAUGAUGCUUUUCCAAGAAACUGUUCAGCCACUGGGCGAUCUUCGAUACAUGCUGGAGAACUACAGAACGGGGCCUUUUGUGCCCAGGGUCACAACUUACGAAAACUACUACAACUCGGUAGACGAACAAACAUUUGGUGUAGACCUGGAGGCUCGGGCUCGCUCAGACAAGAAGCGAGUACCCGUCAUCGUAACGACCGUUCUGACUUUCCUGGACAACCACUACCCUGAUCUUGAGGGUGAUGAAGCUCGCCGUGGUAUUUGGCUUGUUGAUGUCCCUCUAUCGCAGACUCACACCCUGAGGUCCGAGAUCAACACAGGCAAGAGGUUUCCGGACGAUUUGCUCGAGAAGUACGAUGUCCCGAUUGUGGCAAGCGUCCUCAAGCUCUACCUCUUGGAACUCCCUGAUUCGUUGGUUUCCUCGCACGUCUACGAAAUCGUCAAGACUAUCUACGCGACCACUGCUUCGGACGUCAGCGAAGAGACGCGGGUUUCUGUCCUUCAAUCAACGCUUGGGCAACUGCGUCUUGCAAAUAUCGCAACACUAGACGCCAUCUGCACCCACUUCACUCGCCUGAUUGAGCUGACCUCGGCCGACGAAACCUAUGUCACGGCUCUUGCCAACACACUCGCACCGUGCAUUCUGAGGCCGAAGCAAGAGUCGAGUUUAACGAUGAAUGAGCGCUACAGCUACCGUCUGGUCCGCGAUCUCUUUGCGCACAAGGAUGCGAUAUUCGGGGAACUCAAACGCGCUAGCACGCUUACACACUCAUCCUCAGGCGCCCAGCGUCCGCGCGCAAUUUCGACGGAUGAGAGCAACCGACGUGCGAACAUGGAGGAGCGUCAGCGUGCGAUUGCUGCUCAACGUUCACCCCGAGCAACAUCGCCAGCACCCGGCUCGCGCAUCUCAGGCUCGCACCGACGCGACCGAAGCCAGACCCGCUUCCCUGUGAAUACCUCAUCACCCACCGACACGCGGAGGAGUAAUGGCAACCGCGGAUCUCUCGAAGUGCCCGGGAGUGAUGACAGCUCUACUCACGAGACAUCAUCUGCGACAACAAAUGGUACAACAGAAACUGCACCUACCCCCGUCCCUGCCGAACACCCAGCACCGUCGAGCACCCGUGUGCCUUUUCCCCGAAAGCACGCUGGUAGCUUGACGAGAGGCAACAGGGAUUCAACCGGCAGUCUGAGGAGUGAAGACACGGCGCCCAGGGGCGUCACUUUGGAGGACAAGCCCAUGGAUGACUAG